ACGAGGUGCUUAUAUCCAUUUUCACUUUUUGUUGAAGAAGUUAGAUGGUAUAGCAUUAGCAGCCCUGCUACCAAAGAUCUUGCAGCCGACCAUCUUACAAUGAUUAAUAUGGUCAACAACUAGCCACGUCCAACUCCCGUUAAGUGCGUUUUGGAAUCUCUACUGAUCUCUGACCUAAUCACAGACUUAACAAAGGUUAAACAAGUCAAACCUCGAAAUGGUCCCAUAAUUACUCUCCACAAACUAUGUAAACAAAUCUCCUUUCUCUUCAACUACAAUCUUCCUCAUUGAUUGCAAUUAACACCUUUCCCGCUCAGCCCAUUUCCUCGCAAGCCAACUAGAAAACAAAAACCCUCCUCGCGUUCCACAUGCUAAUCUUAUCUUCCAUCUACCGCUUCCUCCCCAAUGAACCCGCCGCCGCCGCCGCUGCUGCCAAAACUCUUCCUCUUGCUCCUUCAAGCGGCGGCGCUUCUCUUGUCAUGGACCGCGACAGCUCAACCGGCUGCCCGCUGCCCGGACUGCGGAUCUAUUCCCGUCCCUUAUCCGCUCAGCACGAGCCCUAAUUGUGGGGACCCUUUCUACACAAUCAGGUGCGACGCCGGCGCGCUGGUGUUCGAUUCCGUGAACUCCUCGUAUCCAAUCAUCUCCGUCAGCCCUUCCAAUCAACGAUUCGUAAUCCGGCCGGCGGGAUUAGCCCCCAAUACGUGCGUCGCAUCUGAUUUAGUCAAUCAGGGCCUCCAGCUCAACACCUCCCUCCCUUUCAACAUCACCGGCAGCAACACAAUUAUGUACCUGAACUGCUCCGCGGCGGUCCUGACGUCUCCGCUCAAUUGCUCCAGGGCCGGCCUCUGCCACGAGUACGCCAACGGCACGGCGUCUUACUCGUCGUGCCGCGGCGCUCCGGUGUGCUGCACUUUCACAGCGGGCGGGUCGACGACGGCUUACAUGAUCCGGGUUCGGGAGUCGGGUUGCAGGGCCUACGCCAGUUUCGUGAACUUGGAUCCGGGUUUGCCCGUUGAUCGGUGGCCCGACCCGGGUGUGGAGAUCCAGUGGGCUCUUCCUAGGGAACCGCUGUGUGGGUCUCAGGUGGACUGCAAUGCAGACUCGAAUUGUGGGCCGGACCGAAAUUCAAGUGGGCUCGCUAGAUGCUUCUGCAAGAAUGGCUUUCAGUGGGACCCAAUACAAGGAAUCUGUUCCACGAGAGCGACUUGUGAAGAUGGCGGACAUUGCGGUAGAACUAGAAGUAGAAAAGUCUCUCUAAUCGCCGGUGUGGUCGCCGGCACCGCCGCAGCCCUGGCGGCAAUUGCCUUCACUGUCACACUCCAGAAGCGUCAGAGGCGACUGAAACAAGCUCGAGAACGCCUCGCCAGAGAACGGGAGCUGCAAAUCCUGAACGCCGGCGGGAGCAGAACGGCAAAGAUAUUCAGCGGCAGGGAGAUCAAGAAAGCCACCAACAAUUUCUCCCGGGACCGUUUGUUGGGCGUCGGCGGGUACGGCGAAGUGUACAAAGGCAUUCUCAACGACGGCACCACCGUCGCCGUCAAAUGCGCGAAGCUGGGGAACCCUAAAGGCACGGCCCAAAUCCUAAACGAGGUCCGCAUCCUCUGCCAAGUCAACCACAAGACCCUCGUGGGCCUAUUGGGCUGCUGCGUCCAGCUCCCCCAGCCCGUCAUGGUCUACGAGUACGUCCCAAACGGCACUCUCCUGGAUCGGUUAACGGGCCCAAAAACCGGGAAAGUCAAACCGUUGACUUGGCUACACCGCCUCCGCAUUGCUCGUGAUACAGCCGAAGGGCUGGCGUACCUGCAUUCCUCGGUGGUUCCUCCGGUGUACCAUCGGGACGUGAAGUCGAGCAACAUUCUGCUCGACGAGAAGUUGAAUGCUAGGGUUUCGGAUUUCGGGUUGUCUAGGUUGGUCGAGAGCGAUCUCAGCCAUAUCUCGACGUGUGCACAGGGGACGUUGGGGUAUUUGGAUCCGGAGUACUAUAGGAAUUACCAGUUGACGGAGAAGAGCGAUGUGUACAGCUUCGGGGUUGUGCUGCUGGAGAUAUUGACCGGGUUGAAGGCGAUUGAUUUUGGGAGAGGGGAGGAUGAUGUGAAUUUGGUGGUUUAUGUGCAGAGGAUGGUGCGAGAAGGAAGGUUGGUUGAGGUUUUUGAUCCUCUGAUGAUGGUGAGGAAGGGAACAGGUGAGGAUGGUAAUCAUUUGGAGGUGGAAACGAUGAAGUCCUUGGCUUUCUUGGGGUUGAGUUGUUUGGAGGAGAAGAGGCAGAAUCGGCCAUCGAUGAAGGAAGUGACGGAGGAGAUUGAGUACAUUAUUAGUGUUGCCAUGGGUAGUUCUGAUCCACAAUUGUAGGUUGUGUUUUGUUAAAUUAAAGUCUUGUGAGUUCUCUAUGUAAAGAUUUUAAGAAGCGGGUAUGGAUUUGUCCAAGUUUCGAUCCAUUUCCAUAUGCUCAGUCUAUUCAGGUAGGCUUGAUAUGAACACUACCCAAUAUCCAAACAAUAAAAGUUAGUGUUUGGUAGAUAAACUAUGUUAGAAAGAGGUUCAAUGUUGUUACUUCUUAGCCAAACUAACUACCAAAGUGCUUGAAAUGUUGUUUAUGAAGCAAAGAGUCGAACUAGAAUGAAUUCUUGUAUAGUUUCACAAUAAAAUGUACUAGGAAUC